AUUGUUCCCGAAGGUCUACGUCUCCGGAGGAGGUCCAAAGGCAACCUGUUUGCUGUUGAACAGUGAGAGACCCCGGGACCUUUAUCGUUUGCUGUCUCGUAGAAGGGACUGCGUGCUGUGGACGGAGCAGGCAUUUCAGCGACACUUUUGUAAGCCAGGGUCUUCGAUGUGAGUGACCACGCUUGGUCCCCAACAGCCGCGACCUCCCAGUGGUCUCUGUCUGCUGAGUAUCUGUGGCCAGAAGCAGCUGGGACCCCCCAGUCCUUUGCUCCAUCCUCUGGCCAUUGUCCCGUGUGUGGGGUCGGCGCCGUCUCAGGCUACCCUGCUCCUCGCAGGUGAGGCUGGUAGAGGCGUAGGUCCAGGGAAAGGACCGGCCUUGUUGUUUGAUGGCUUCACUGAGGAGAGUCAAAGUGUUGUUGGUGUUGAACUUGAUCGCGGUGGCCGGCUUCGUGAUCUUUUUGGCUAAGUGUCGGCCUAUCGCGGUGCGCAGCGGAGACGCCUUCCACGAGAUCCGGCCUCGCGCAGAGGUGGCCAACCUCAGCGCGCACAGCGCCAGCCCCAUCCAGGAUGCGGUCCUGAAGCGCUUGUCGCUGCUGGAGGACAUCGUCUACCGGCAACUUAAUGGCUUAUCUAAAUCCCUUGGGCUCAUCGAAGGGUAUGGUGGGCGGGGCAAAGGGGGCCUUCCUGCCACCCUUUCCCCCUCUGAAGAAGAAAAAGCCAAAGGACCUCAUGAGAAGUAUGGCUACAAUUCCUACCUCAGUGAAAAGAUCUCCUUGGACCGGUCUAUUCCAGAUUAUCGCCCUACCAAGUGUAAGGAGCUCAAAUACUCCAAGGAGUUACCCCAGAUAUCCAUCAUCUUCAUCUUCGUGAACGAGGCCCUGUCAGUGAUACUGCGGUCAGUCCACAGCGCCGUCAAUCACACGCCCACACACCUGCUGAAGGAGAUUAUCCUGGUGGAUGACAACAGCGAUGAAGAGGAGCUGAAGGCCCCCCUGGAGGAAUAUGUCCACAAACGCUAUCCUGGGCUGGUGAAGGUGGUACGCAAUCAAAAGAGAGAGGGCCUGAUCCGAGCACGCAUCGAGGGCUGGAAGGCGGCCACUGGCCAGGUCACUGGCUUUUUCGACGCUCACGUGGAAUUCACUGCUGGCUGGGCUGAGCCCGUUCUGUCCCGCAUCCAGGAAAACCGGAAGCGGGUCAUCCUCCCCUCCAUCGACAACAUUAAGCAGGACAACUUCGAAGUACAGCGCUAUGAGAACUCCGCCCACGGGUACAGCUGGGAGCUGUGGUGCAUGUACAUCAGCCCCCCGAAAGACUGGUGGGACGCCGGGGAUCCCUCUCUCCCCAUCAGGACACCAGCCAUGAUUGGCUGCUCGUUUGUGGUCAACAGGAAAUUCUUUGGUGAAAUUGGCCUGCUGGACCCUGGGAUGGAUGUGUAUGGAGGAGAGAAUAUUGAACUUGGAAUCAAGGUAUGGCUCUGUGGAGGCAGCAUGGAGGUCCUUCCGUGUUCGAGGGUGGCCCACAUUGAGCGGAAGAAGAAACCGUAUAACAGCAACAUCGGCUUCUAUACCAAGAGGAACGCACUCCGAGUAGCCGAGGUCUGGAUGGAUGACUACAAGUCGCAUGUGUACAUAGCGUGGAAUCUGCCUCUGGAGAAUCCGGGCAUCGAUAUCGGCGACGUCUCAGAAAGAAAGGCAUUAAGGAAAAGUUUGAAGUGUAAGAACUUCCAGUGGUACUUGGACCAUGUUUACCCGGAAAUGAGAAGAUACAACAACACCAUCGCAUACGGGGAGCUUCGUAAUAACAAGGCCAAGGACGUCUGCCUGGACCAGGGGCCACUGGAAAACCACACAGCAAUACUCUACCCAUGCCACGGUUGGGGACCACAGCUCGCCCGCUACACCAAGGAAGGCUUCCUGCACUUGGGUGCUCUGGGGACCACCACUCUCCUCCCCGAUACCCGCUGCCUGGUGGACAACUCCAAGAGCCGUUGUCAGCUCCUGGUUGAUAAGGUCAAGAGUAGCUUGUGCAAGCGCUGGAACUUCAUCCAGAAUGGAGCCAUCAUGAAUAAGGGCACAGGGCGCUGCCUAGAAGUGGAGAACCGGGGCCUGGCCGGCAUCGACCUAAUCCUUCGGAGCUGUACAGGACAGAGAUGGACAAUCAAGAAUCCCAUUAAGUAGAUGGACAGAAGGAGGGCACAUGGAUCCCAGACCCAUGGCGGGGCCUGGUCAUCCUCAGAACCAGCCACACGGUGGAGAGACAGCAGGCACCCAGAGGAUGCUCUGUGGACCUCUCAGGGCUCCUCCAGGGCAGCCCCGGACAAAGAUGUUAAGUCCCCCUCAGGCGUUCUGCCUGUAUACUUUGAAGAUUUCCCCCUCACUCUUAUCUGGGGACCAAGAGCUGCAACUUCUGGGUACUAAGGGGUGAGGCUGCUCAUAUCUCUCCACCGUAUCAUCUCCUACCCCAGCAUCAGCAGCUGGGACUGGCAGGGUCCCUCUUCCUCUCCUCCUCCUCCUCUUCAUCUUCUUCCUCUUCCUUCUCCUCCUCCCAUUCUCUUUCUCCUCUC